CUUCUUUUUGUUUUUGUUUCAUAUAUUCAUAUGGAACCAAUUAGAGAAAGUGAUGAAGAGCACAACUCCAACAUUAAUAAUUCAUCACAAAACUCAACAAAAUCAUUUGGAAAAAAGUGUAGUCAUAUAGCAAAGAAGCAAAGGGCUAAGUUUUAUAUUGUAAGAAGAUGCAUUGCUAUGCUUGUGUGUUGGCAUGAGAGGAAAGAAUGAAUGUUUGAAGAUAUGAAGAUUUGAAGAUUUGUAUAGAAGGUGUACUUAGAGAUAUCAUUAUUUAAGAGUAUGUUGAUAUAUAUUAUUUAUCCUCAAAAAAGUUGGAACUUAUAGCUCAUUCUUUUUAAAAAAAAAAAAUUGUAUUUCUAAUUUGCUUGAUUAUAUUGAUAUUGAAGCCUUCUUGGUUUUUACUUUA